AUGCCUAAGAUAGUUGAGACUGUUGACCUUUCCAACACCACUGGCGCAUACUAUGCCCCUGCGACCAUUUCCCCCGCCUCCAGGCUGAUUCACAUCGCUGGUCAGCCAGGAAGCACCAAGGAUGGCGGUGUCCCGACCGACUAUGAGUCACAGAUUCAUCUGGCUCUGUUGAACCUGCGCAAACUCAUUAUCGCCGCCGGCUCUGCCAUUGAGCACAUUGUCAAGCUCAACCUGUUCAUUGUCGACUACGAUGCCGGCAAUCGCAAACACACCCGUCACAUUCAACGCUUCCUCGGCGGGCAUCGCCCUGCAAUCACUUUGAUUCCGGUCCCUAAACUGGCCGUCCCCGCAUGGCUAUUCGAGAUCGACGCCGUCAUUGCCGUACCGGAUCCCAUAAGCCCCCCAACUCUCCAAACAGCCACCGAGACCACCGAUGUCGUCAUUAUCGGUGCCGGUCUGGCUGGUCUGUCUGCUGCUCACGAUGUCUUGCGUGCCGGCCUCAGCUGCGUCGUUUUGGAGGCCCGCGACCGCGUGGGUGGCAAGACCUGGAGCACGCCGCUUCAGGAUGGCAAGGGCGUGAUUGACCUAGGUGCCGCCUGGAUCAACGACACCAACCAGAGCAAGGUUUGGGCUCUGACCAAGCGCUAUAACCUGGAGGUUAUUGAGCAGAACACCCAGGGCAAUGUUGUUUUGGAGGAUUUUGAUGGAAGAUGCACACCCUUCGCCUAUGGAGAACUCCCCCAGUUCGAUCAGGCUACUCAGAAGCACUUGGCCGAAAUCCGCGAUAUGUGUGAGGCCGACUGCCAGGCUCUUGACGCCUGGAAACCCAAGGAUACCAGCUUAGAUAGCCUCACCUUCGAGGCAUACCUUCACUCUCGGGGAGCUAGUGAAACUGCCCUGGCUACUGCUACGGUCUGGACCCGUGCGAUGUUGGGACAGGACCCCAAGGAUGUCUCUGCCUUGUACUUUUUGAACUACUGCAAGUCCGGCGGUGGUCUUCUGCAAAUGCGCUCUGAUCGCAAACAUGGUGGCCAGUAUUUGCGAAUUCGCCAGGGUACCCAAGGCCUUUCUCUGGGUCUAGCAUCCUCGCUUCCGAAGGAUAUUGUGAAACUCUCCCAACCAGUUCACUCAAUCACCCAACUUGCAGACCGAUCUGUUCAAAUCCAAGCGGGCGGUGCUGUCUACUCUGCCCGCAAGGCUAUUAUCACCAUUCCCAGCCCCGCCCUGAAGAACAUCUCAUUUUUCCCCAAGCUUCCCGCCGCUAAGCAGGUCUUCUUGGAGUCCACUACCUACGGAUACUACACGAAGGCCAUAAUGGAAUUCCGUUCACCUUUCUGGAUUAAGGGUGGCUUCUGCGGUCUCGCUCAAUCAUUCAUCGGGCCUGCUAGCGUCGUCCGAGACAGCUGCAGUCCCGAGGAUCGCAAAUAUGUCCUGACCUGCUUCAUGUCGGGCGAUCCCGGUCGCUCCUGGGCGGCUCUGCCCACCAAGGAGCGGGAGCAGGCUCUGCUGAAGCAGCUCGGAAAGCUCUUCAAUGUUCAGAAUGUGGCCUCAGAGUUCGUCCAGAUGACCACAUAUGAGUGGGUGAACGACGAGUUCUCCGGCUGGGGCUGCCCCUGCACAGCCUUGACCCCCGGUGUCCUGGAUACUGUUGGACCCGAUGCUCUUCGCGAGAACUCUGGCAACCUGCACUUCGCUGGUACCGAGACUGCCGGAGAGUGGAAGGGUUAUAUGGAGGGUGCUAUCCGUAGUGGAGAGCGAGCUGCGGCAGAGGUUGUCAAGGCCCUAAACACUGGGGUCACUUCCCGACUAUAG